UCGAAGAAUCUGACUUUGAGCAGAUGGGCGCCAUUAUCGAGGUAGCAAAAGAAGUGAAGCGAUUGGAUCUGAGAGAGACUGUCGAAAACGCGGAAGCGGCGUAUCAACAGCUGAACACAAGUAUGGGAUGGAGCGCGGCAAAAGAAUGCCUAGACAACGUUUUUGCCGUAUCGAGCGACAUGAUAUAUUGUGGCGUAGCAAUGGCUUUAAAAUGCUUUACCCUCUUGUCGGCUAACCCAAAACGCAAAGAGCAGUUUGUGUCUGACGAAGAGUUCGACAAGAUCACCAAACUGCAACUGAUAACCAGAGGCGUUCCUGGCAAAGUCUCUCGAAGUCGAUACAGUGAGAGCGUAGGAAAGGCUGUCGAGAGUGUGAUCGCUUGCAAAGAGGCUCUAGAUAAGAAUGACGUCGAACAAAUGGCUUUCCAGAUUCCUCACAUGAAGGAAAAUGUCAACAUGUUGUCUCGGUUUCUUGUCAAUCCCAAUUCGACGCUAAUGCAAGACGUCGCCAAAGAGGCUGAGUUCAAACCUGGUGAUUUUGUUUUCAAUGUUUAUGCAGUAUUUUUGCCGUACGUGGAAGGUAUCAAAAUGCUGUGCGCCUUUACGACGCUCGAGAGUUUGAGAGACGACUCGCAAACUCCAGAUAUCGAGAAACAGUGCGACGACGCCAAAGACUACUUCAAGUACUCCGAGGUUGAGAGAAGCAUAAGGCACAGCUUCGAUGCUCUUCGCACAAUUCGCAGUAGAGACACCGUCACAGUGACCAACCGAAGCCUUGGCGGAAACUGGUCGAUUCGCGGGGGUAAGAAAUCUCCGAAGGGCUUGUGGGUGACCUGCAGUGACAUUCAAAAGACGGACGGAUCAGUAGCAAAGAUAUUUGAACGAGAUGAGAUACCGGAAGAGAUUUGCUCUCAAACCAUUUCUAUUUCUGAGACGGUAUUAAAGAUUGGUGACACUGUAGCUCUCAACUAUUUGGGUUACGGUUACGUUUACCGUUUCCCCGGCAGCUGGAUUACUUCUCCAGAUUAUUGCUUUUACCGUGACACCGUACAAGAGGUUAAGCUUCAUGGAGGUGGAGUGGAUACGAUGCAGUGGAGAAUAGAGUCGCGUUACAAAGAGAAGGGCGAGGAAAUCCGCGAUGGAGAUGAGAUAUAUUUGCACUGCAACGUACAGGGCGGACGUGAUAACCUCUACCUUACAUGCAACUACGAUGGAUACGUCACCACAAGCGGAAACAAGCAAGUUUAUCGCGUUAACGCGCUUCGUCUGAUGGACAAAGAUUAAGUGGUGACUAUAUAUACUCGAAUGAGGCAUUGUUUUAUGUAUCAAUAGUCUCUUGGUCGUAUUGCUAACCGAUAAAACGGUAUUAGUAUCUACACAUUAGUUGGUGUCUUAGUCGGAAUUAUAUGUGGUCUGAAUUGUUUCAAUAGUUUUAAAUUGAGAAGCUCGAGUAUAUGUGCAAGUGUUU